GCCUAAGCUGCCCCGCCCGCCGCAGAGCUUAGGCUCCUGCGUCCGGACUGUGCGCCGGGCCGGACCGGGCUGGCUGGCGGGCGGAGCCGGGCCCGCAGGGUUGCUGCGGGGCGAUCUAGCGGGGCUGCAGGCGGCGCCAUGGCCUCUCGUGUCCAUCCUGAGUUCCAGCCUCACUGAUCCGAUCACCCCCAAGAGCUUCCUGCUGAGGAAGCCUCCCCCAGCGUCAACCAUGUCUAUUAUGGACCACAGCCCCACCACAGGUGUGGUCACAGUCAUUGUCAUCCUCAUUGCCAUCGCUGCCCUGGGGGCCUUGAUCCUGGGCUGCUGGUGCUACCUGCGGCUGCAGCGCAUCAGCCAGUCAGAGGAUGAGGAGAGCAUCGUGGGGGAUGGCGAGACCAAGGAGCCCUUCCUGCUGGUGCAGUACUCAGCCAAGGGACCAUGUGUGGAGAGGAAGGCCAAGCUGACCCCCAACGGCCCAGAAGUGCACAGCUGAGCUGGGAUAUGGAGGCUCCUGGGCCUGUUUGCAGCCAACUGAGAAGCGUGGGAGGGGGAAACCACAGACAGGCUGCCAUUGAGAGGAGGGGUUGACACUCCCUGGCAUGGCCUCGCUGGGCUUCAUCACCACAUGCACUGAGUCCUGGGGUCCCAGCUGUCCUAAGCCAGGACUCAGUGGCCCUGGGCAUCCCCUCCGCCUCCUGGUGGGGCUGCCCAUUGCUGGCAGUGGGUAGACCUCACCUUGCUGGGUUCAAGGCCCCAUAGCGCUUUUGUUACUUGAAUGUUUAGCUGAGCCUGUUCUUGAUGGAGCUACUACUACUGUAAUGCGUGAACUCACAAACCUGUGAACUGUAAAUAGGCCCCAGAAGCACGUGCUUAAACCUUUUGCUGAUUUUUAAAAAAUACCGGAUAAUGUACAUGGGACUGACCAUACUAAUAAGCUGAGUCAAGGCUGUGGGUGAGGGUGUUAGACAUGUGAGGCCCAAGUUGCACUUGGCAGGAGCCUCUAAUAUAUGUGUGUGUGUACAUAGAGGAUAUGACAUGUCAGUUUUAAGUUUUGGAGCUGACCGGUUGGGGUGUUGUGAUUUCUGUUUGGUUAGCAGUGGAUGGAUCACACCACCGUCUCUUUCUCUAGAUGGGUUUGGUCGUUAAAUACCAGUUCCUGUUGAUAGCGGAAUUAUUGCAAGGAAGCUACUGCAGCUGCUUGGGAGCCAGUGAAGGACGGGUCAGGGCACACGUCCUGAGGGCUGCCAGGCAUCCUAGUAGCAGAGCAGUUUCUUGCCCCUUUGGUCUUGAGCAUGCUGAGCACUCCCUGUCCCUGUCCAUGUCCCCACCGGGCAUUACUCAGCGCAGGCUUCUCAGAGCAGGCAGUGGCUACUUUUAUCUGAAACCCAAUUGGCCCAGGAGAGAAAACUGUGGUUUUGUUGUUGUAUUUAAAAUAUUUUCUGCACUGGAGGGGGGAGGGGAAGGGGACUUUGAGGUUUCCUCCACUCCUUCCCUUUUCACAAAUUGCUUCCUUUAAAUUACUACCCACCCACUGGGUACUGCAUUUUCUUUUCCUCAACAGGUCACCUAGGAGAGUCACCUGACCCCCCUAGGAGAGUACCAACUGCAGUGGAAAGGCAUUUCUUAUGUGCAUGUGUACACAGGAACCCCUAGACACACCCUAACUGCCCAAGCUUAGUAGGCACCUGGGGGACCUGGUGGGCAGGAGAGUGAGUUUCAGGUUGAGUACUUAGUUUUCAAAAAGAUGAAGAGUCAGUGGCUCUUGGAUCGGGCCAGCGCCUCCACAGCCUGUAUCUCCAAGAUGUCACUUGUGUACACUUCAGUGAACUUGCUUAGGUUUUUAAUCCCACCACUGUUAAGCACAUUCUGACUAUCACAAUUAUAAACUAUGGCUUGUAUCAGCAUCCUUAGUAAUAAAUUGGAGGCCAGCCCUGGCUUAAACUGGAUGCAAUGGCCAUGAGUGGCCUGUCAGCAGCAAGGGCAGGUUGCUCCCAAGGGGGCCUCAGCCUCUCCUGCUAGCCCUACCACCAUCAGAGCCCUGACUUCUUGGUCAGGCUGAAGGUGGCUUACCUAUGGCCUGCCUCACUCAAAUCACCUCUAAAAAGCAUGUUGAACCACAUCUACUUUCUAGAACCCCAAGGAGGGAGCUUAGGGAACAUUUAUUUUAGUAGUGUAUGCCUAAAUUGGGGGAUCAAACAUUAAGUAAUAGCUUGGGGGGAGGGAGAAGGGUAGCUAGUUAGGCAAUUUGAGCUGAAAGCAAGAAAUGUCUUUGGCCCCUAACUGGGGAUGGCCAAGCAUGAGAGUUAGGCUGGAAACCAGCCGAGGCCCUGUAGGCUGGCAGUGGGGACAAGUUCCAAAGGUGCCGACUUAAAAAUCAGGGAGAAGGUUUGCUUUCUAAUGAAGGAUACUCAAGAAAAAUUGGAAGGUGGAGAGACAUUUGAUCCAUUCCCCUCGCAUUCCAGAACUUCCAAGCUUUCUACCUCUACUGUCUGCAGCCAGCAGUAAACACCUAGGCUGACGUUCACCUUAGAAACCCAGGAGCACCUGGGACUUGCAUUUUUAGUCUCUGAGCCUGACCCUGAAAAUGACCAUCACUUAUCUGUCAGGCUUGCCCUGAGGUUGCUACUGUGCCAGUGAAGUUUUGGUUUUGAAAUGCUGAAAUGUCGCUUUCUCCUUAGUUUCACUUCUGGAAGUUCUUUAUCCCACUCCCCAGUUGCCAGAGAUGACAUCUUCGCAGCCUGAAUCAAGCCCAUGAGCAUGGUGGCUGUGUCAGGUGGGCGUCACAGGCACAGUGAGGCACUCAUAGGGGUCUCUGGGAAGAGAGUGAAAGUGCCUGUAGAACUGGAGAACAACCACAUAAUAGCUCUCACUGUUAUUUGUCAUAAUAGCUACUUUUUUUAGCAUAGACACCCAAACCCCACACUCAACUGGCUUAGUAAGUUAUGACCUCUCACUGAAUUCCUUCUGAAUAGCCCAUGUUGCGUUCAAGUUUUCAGUCAAAUUAACCUUUCAUCCUAUAUGUCAUCGCAAUAGCAACAGUAGGGGAAUGGGGAGGGAACUCUGACACUGAGCCACUAAAGUAUGGACUUAUUUUUCAGACAAAUCUUCAAGUGGACUGUGCUACUGUUUUUGUCUCAAAGUUACCAAGUUUGUGCAAUAAGUGCAAGGGAUGUCAUCCCUGUUCAAUAAAAGCUGAAUGACAUUCACGUUGAUUUUCUAGACCACUGAGAAAAUCUUUAUUUACAAUAAAUUUCAAUAAAAUUUGCAUAAAUAUA